AUGCUCCGGAAGGUUCUACUACAACCCAUGACCAGUGCUCCAUGCGCACACGAAUUCACCAUUUCGUACCGAUUCCCAUCGUCAUCUGGGAGUCCGUCUCCUCCCCCCCUCAUACCAUCGUCGCCCGAUCUGGCGCAUCAAAACCAACCCAAGGCCUUCGAUCCCUACUUUGCCCUCCCGCCGCCUGAAGACGAGAUUCCUGACCUCGACGAAUUGCCCUCCGAACAACCACCCUCACCCCCACCUAUCACACCUGCUCCUAUCAUGUCAGGUCAUCACCGCAUCACCCUCGCCGCCAACCCCCCCUACUUCGAUGGGGACAAAACCAAGUACAUGGGCUUCGUGGACUCAUGCACCACCUACAUUGGUGCAUACCGGUCGGAAUUCUCGCAGGAUGAGACGAAGAUCCUGUUCAUCCUCUCCUACCUCCGCAACGAGGCUGGCACAAGCUGCGCCGCCUCAAGAUGGGCAAUGAACUGGAAACAGCGCAACUUCGAGAGCCUUAACGGGAUAAAGGCUGGGGUCACCUCGGCAACCUUCUUGGAGGAGCUUCAGAGGGCCUUCGGGGAUUCUAACGCGGAGCAAGUCGCCGCCUCUCGACUCAUGGCCCUGCGCCAGAACAAACGAUCCUUUGCGGAUUAUAUCUCCAACUUCGAGAUGCUGGCUUCGGAUGCGGGGUACAAUGUGGACACCGCCACCGACGACAAGGGCGAGUAUAAGAAGGGGGAUCAAGACAAUAUCCUCAUCGAGUUCCUCGAGCGCGGGCUCAGUAGCGAGAUUGCCAGUCGCCUCUAA